AUGUCGGACUCUGAGGACAUGACGGAGUUCGCCAGCAUCGUGGAGCGGAUCGAGCGAGGCGAGGUGCCGAUCAAAAACAUCGAGAGGGAGCUGAUCUGCCCGAUCUGCAAGGAGCUGUUCACCCACCCGCUGAUCCUGCCUUGUCAGCACAGCGUCUGCCACAAGUGUGUCAGGGAGCUGCUGCAGCUGAACUAUGACGACUCCUUCGAUGCCGGCUCCGAGUGCUCCAUGCCGGGCAGCCCCAGGUCCAGGGUGCCCUCCCCCUCCAUGGAGAGGCUGGACAGGCUUGUGAGAUCAGGUGGGUCUCGGGCCACAGUGCGAAGGUCGCUUGGAAGUCGAGGUAGACGCGGGCUCCGUGUUUUGAAUAGCUGUAGCUCUAUCUCAUCCCCAGGGUGGCGCAGAGGGUCAGUGACUCCCCGGGUCACCGCCAUCCCAUGCCCUGGCUGCCAGCAUGACAUCGAACUCGGCGAGCGCGGCAUCAGCAUGCUGUUCCGUAACUUCACCCUGGAGAGCAUCGUUGAGCGCUACCGCCAGGCCGCCCGUGCUGCAGUGGCGAUUAUGUGUAACAUCUGCAAGCCUCCGCAGAUGCAGGAGGCGACGAAGAGCUGCAUGGACUGCAAGGCGAGCUACUGUAACGAGUGCUUCAAGCUGCACCACCCCUGGGGGACACCCAAAGCUCAGCACGAGUAUGUCGGCCCCACCACAAACUUUAGGCCCAAGGUGCUCAUGUGUCCGGAGCACGAGAUGGAGAAGGUGAACAUGUACUGCGAGGUCUGCAGACGACCCGUGUGUCACCUCUGCAAGCUGGGAGGAUCCCACGCCAACCACAAGGUCACCUCCAUGAGCAGCGCCUACAAGAUCCUCAAGGAGAAGCUGGCCAAGAGUAUCCAUUACCUCAUCAGCAAAGAGGACCAGGUCAGGACUCAGAUUACUGAUCUUGAUCUGCUCAUCAGUCAGACCGAGGACAAUGGCCAACUAGCCGAGCGUCAAGCCAAUGAGCACUUUGAGCGUCUGUUCGAGACGCUGCAGGAGAGGAAAUCCGAGAUGCUCAGAUCCAUUGAACAGUCUCGUAACCGACGCCUGAACCAUCUCAAGACCCAGGUGGAGGAGUACCAAGGCAUGUUGGAGAACAGUGGUCUGGUGGGCUACGCUCAGGAAGUGCUGAAAGAGACGGACCAGUCCUGCUUUGUACAGACAGCAAAGCAGCUGCACCUCAGGAUCCAGAAGGCCACCGAGUCUCUGAGGACCUUCCACGCUGCUGCCGACCCCUGCUUCGAUGAGUUUGUGCUGGACACCUCCAGAGAAGAGACUCUGCUCAAAGAGAUGUGCUUUGGUGGAGUUCCAGACCCCCCCCUGAUUGACCUGUCCCAUAGCAGAGUCUAUAACGAGGCCUCAAUCUCUUGGAGGCUUUCCGAUGAUCACCUGCCAACAGAUCACCACGUGGUUGAGUACCGCAGACUUGGAGGCCCGAGCCAGUCCCCGUCCCAAGAGGAUGGCGAGGACAGCGGCGUGUGGAGGCCGACAGACAGGGUGUAUGGUCCCAGCAGUGUUGUGUGCGACCUGGAGGCCGACAGCUUGUACUCCUUCAGGGUUCGCAGCUGCAGGAACUCCAUGUUCAGCCCCUACAGCCCUGAGGUCACCCUCCACACACCACCUGCACCCGCUUUAGGUUUCCUGUUCAGCGACAAGUGUGGCUUCAGCACGGAGCGGCUCAUCCUAAACAAGCGACGGGACACCGUGGAGAGCGUGGCGGGCAUGGCCUUCCUCCUCGCAGCAGAGCGGGUGCAGACGGGCAGCUACAUUGGACUAGAUUACAUAAUUGGGGACACUGGCAUCUCUCAGGGAAGACAUUAUUGGGCCUUCAAGGUGGAGCCGCACUCCUACAUGGUUAAAGUUGGAGUGGCUUCUGACUCGAAGCUGCUUGAAUGGUUUCACAAUCCCAGAGAUACCAGCAGCCCAAGAUACGACCAUGACAGCGGGCACGACAGUGGCAGUGAGGACACGUGCUACGAGCUCUCGCAGCCCUUCACCCUCCUCACCCUGGGCAUGGGCAAACUCUUCAUCCCCAAGGCCUCUUCAUCCUCCUCUGUUUCCUCAGCAAACGCUCCGUCCGCUGACCCCGGCAACCGCGUGCUUCCCAUGCCACAACGCAUUGGGGUGUGCCUAGAUUACGACGCGUGCCGGGUGUUCUUCUACGACGCAGACACCAUGAGGUGCCUUUAUGAGAGGCAGGUGGAUUGUUCGGGAACAAUGUAUCCAGCCUUCGGCCUCAUGGGCAGCAGCAAGGUGCAACUGGAGGAGUUCAUCACGGCGAAGAGACUGGCCUUCUGA